CGUCUGCUUUUUUUGGUCCUAUUUGAAACUUAAGACCUUUUCUCCUCUCCUCCUCCUCCUGCUUUUUCAUUCUGUCUAUUUUACGUUAUAGGCUAAGCAGUUUCAUUUCAUAAUAGUGAUUGCUGUUACUUACUUUUAUGCCAAAACCCCAAUAAAUUUCUCAUUUACUUAUCUCUCCAAAAACAUCAGCUGAUUUUAGGCCUUUCUUAGCUUUCAACCUCUGCUUCUCAGCUCAAAAUUAGGCCAGAGAAAACAGAUUAAAAAAAUUUAUACUAUGGGAAAGAACAAGUGGAGUAGGGAUGUAGAUCAUGAAGAUGAGAAUAUUCAUCCAGGUUGUAUGUGGGGAUUCAUACAUGCCCUUGGCUACCAUAGUUGGCACUCUCGUGUAAAGAGGAAAUCUCUGCCGCGUAUAAAUGAUGGAAGCAGCCAUAUCAGAAGCAUUAUGGUUAGCCAAGAUCCCAGUGAACUUGAAAUGCUUUUGGAUGAUAAUGAAAGUCAGUUUUUGGUUGAUAAGGGCACCAGAAAAUCAAAGGGGUCUAACAAAAGGUCUCUAAAAGCUAAAAUAAAAGAUUUAAUUGCUGAGGAGAUGCAUAAGGGAAAGAAGAAGUCCAAGCAGAAGAAAUCAGGCUCUUCUGAUCAAUCUAAGUCCCAGAGAACUUAUUCCGUUGAACCUAUCGAACAUGAUCUAAAUGAAACAUGCAGUGACAAGAAGCAUUCUAAUAUUUUGGUUCCCGCGAAUGUGGAGGAUGGAGAAUCACCAGAUAAGAAACGGAUGAAUGCCAUCAAUGUAUAUGAUACUUCCACUGAUAAGAGUGCUCUAAAAUCUCAGCUUAAAGAUCAUGCUGAGUUACUUUUGGAAAUCUUAAGGGAAUCAGAAGCAGGAUAUCAGAAUUUAUCCCGCGUUCAGCUGGCUUCAAAGAAAAGGGCAAGAUUAACUAAGUCAGGAUCAUACCCUGUGUCUCAUUUGUCGCGAAGAACAAACUUCAAACCAAUUAAGCUUGAGGACAAGAAGAAUGAAGUUUGGUCUUCUGCUAAAGGAGAAAGAUUGAUAGGUGUUACUCGGAUGAGAUCUUUGUCUAAUUAUGCAAAGACUCUCUUCACAAGUUUAGGCCUCCUGGAUGAUGAUGGUAGGAACUUGAAGCUAGACAAGUCAUCGAGUUUUGCCUGCCAUAAUACCAAGGGAGCAGUUGAUAAUAGAGAAAAUAAAGUAGGCACAUUCUAUGAAAGCAAGUCAAAUGGAUAUUGUGAGAUUGAUGAAUUUGACAUUAGUAAAAAUACAAUCAUGCACAAGAGAAGUUCCUCUCUAAAUGAGUCAAUGGAUCGAUAUACAAAAUUAUUUGAACAUAAUUUUCAAAAGGAAGUGAACUUGAAUCCCUCCAAGAGUUUGAGAUUGACUAGUGAGUAUGAGAUACCACCAUCAUUGCCAUUUAGAAGGAUCCGUUCUCUAUCUUAUUCCGAAUCUUGUUCUCUUCUACCAAACGCAGUGGCUGGUGAUGCCCAAUUUUCAGAAUGGCUAAUUAAGACCGUAGAGGAGAGAAACUCACAUAUGAGAGCUGAAACUGAGAAAGAAGAGAAGUCGAUGUAUGCCACUGAAGAGGCCGGAUGUAAAAUUGAAAAAGUAGAAGGAGGUGAGGAUAUUAAGACAGUAGAAGCAGAUAAUGGAGAAGUCGAAGAACUUUCAGAGAUCAUCGAUGAAGUAAAGAUGUUCAAAGGAAUCUCCUAUGAAGAACAGGAGAUAAAAUGCAAUGAAUCAGUCACAAAUGAUGUGGUUCCAAAUUCAGUAUUUUGUUCUAAAGAAGAUAUUUCCAGCUAUGCAAAGUUCCAUAUUUCAGAAGGUUUGGUUCUUAAACAGAAUGUUGAUGUCGAUAUUCUAGCAAAAACAGAUCAACAUAGCAAAUCUUACAGGAAGGAAAACGCGGACUUGUUUUAUGUGAGGGAUAUUCUUGAGCAUUCAGGUUUCUCAAGCAAUUUCUUCAAGACAAAAUGGUACUCACAAGCCCAAGUGUUAAACCCUUCAGUAGUUCGAGAACUCGAGUCCUUGUGGCAUGAAGAACAAGAAUGUUGUCUAGGGGAAUUCGACUUCUGCUGUCAUCAUCAACUACUAUUUGAUUUGGUCAAUGAGGUUUUAGUCCAAAUGUAUGAUAAAUCAUUCAUAUACUACCCUAAGGCCUUAUCCUAUAGUUGUCGCGUUCCUCCAUUGCUAGAAAAUCGAAUGAAUGAAGAGGUAUGCAACAAUGUAGGUGCUUUGUUGAGGUUGAAACCGGAGGAAGAAUCAAUUGAUGCCAUUGUGGAUCAAGAUUUGAAAAAGGAUGAUUGUUGGAUGAAUCUUCAGUUAGAAAGUGAAUGUUUAGCACUUGAAGUAGAGGACAUGAUUUUUAAUGAUCUUUUGGAAGAACUAAAAUGUUUUUGAGUAUGCAGGGUUGCUUGUUUUUGGUUUCUCUUGAUUAAUUUAUGUAUAUGAAUUUUGGUUUUGCU